CUCUUUCAUUUGCAGCUUUUAUUUUCAAGUUUCGUCCUUCAAUUUCAAAUUUAGGGGAUUGAUUUAAGCAAUUUCCUUUUAAACACAGAAUCGGUGCUCCUUUAUCUUCUUUUUCCCCUAGGAUUUUUCUCUAGAAACUGCAUACUCUGGUGGAUUAUUAUUGUUUAUGAUCAUAUUCUUUUAUAUAAAGAUGUAAACUUUUUAUGGAAAUUUGUCUUUGCUCAUGUUCAAAUUGACUUGUUGUAAUCUUUCUUUGAUGUCUCAUAGAUGAAUUCUUCGUUGUUAUCUUGUGACUAAUCCUCCGUAAUUAGUUUGAUUUUGGAUUUUUUUUUAAUUACUCUGUCGGUGAUUUUAUCUUCUCGUAUUCACUGUGAAGGUAGUGAUACUAAUAUGCAAUGAGAUGUGUUCUGACGAUUAUUUUAAUUUCAAAAUUGAAAUUUUUGAAACUGCAUUUUCUCUAAAUUGAGGACUGGUUUGAGAGAUCAUUCCCCCCUUCUUUUUGGGGGGUGGGGGAUUGAUGGGGGAAGUUAUGCUUUAGAAUAAAUAACGCGUCUUUUCACUCAGAUGUUUAAUAUACUGUAUCUAAGGAAGUCAUUUGUGUGGAUACUAAUUUUAACCCGUUGUUUUGAAAAUUGAUUUUUAUAUCCUCCUGGUUCCAACUUGGAAAAACCUAAUUGUAAUGUAUUCAUUUCUUGCUGCCACUUGUGGUAUUUAAGAGAUAAAUUUGUUUGAGGAAUAGGAUCUUUUGAGACUUUUCAGUCGGUGCACAUAUACAUCUUUUCUGUUGCUGUAAACAAUGUCAUCAGUGAUGUUACUCUAGGCAGAGUUAGAUAUGUUAUACGUGGUCUGGAAAUUCUAAUGGUGGACUGUUCUUGUACAGUACUUGGAGGUGAAAUGGCGGGUUCUAAUAGUUUCGCAAGGUGUUGCUGUCCAAAAUUUUGAUUGCUUUGCAUUUCCCUGCCUUGGGGCUUCCGUCUGCAGAAUGUAGUGUUUGAUUGUCACAUAUGUCUACUCUAUGGAGAGCUGCUGAUGAUUGUAGUUGUGCUCCAUAGUAGUGCUGUCGAGAACCUGUUUGUUGAAUCUAGUCAUUCAGAUCAUUCAGCUGGCCAUAGGGCCACUAAAAGCUUUCACGACACCAGUGGAUAAAACUCUGAUCAGGCCAGGAAUAGCUGGAAGAUGAUUGCUGCAUUGGUUUCUGUAUUAAUUAUUGAUGUGGAAGUGUUGAGUUGCAAAGAAGCGCUGUCAUGGUUGAUUGUUACUGGAGAAAUUGGCAUAUAAGGGUAUUCGAACGUGGGGAUCUUUAAUCAAAAUUUUUUGAUGAUAGAACUGGGAUUCUCAAGCUGCGCAGACGUGGCAGAACUGUGAAUGGUGAAGAAAAGCUGAUAGGAGCUGUAUCUAAGGCUUUGUAAAGACACCUUAACAACCGGUUCUGGAGAAGACUAUGGAGCUGAUGCCGGGAACCAGUAAAAUAACAAAAUCUGUUGGACCUGCUGAUCAAGCUUCCAAUAACACAGGAGAAGAUGAUAAAUGUCCCAAGAAGAUCGCUAUCCUUGAGGCAGAGACAGCCAAGGUUAUUGCAAACAUAAAUGAUACAGCACCUGGAAUAAAUUUUACCAACCGUUCAGAUUCAUCAUCCUGUUUGUUCACGUCUGGAAUUGGAGGUGUGAUGAAACAGCCUAUAAGUAAGAACGUAGAAACAAUACCUCUUACGGGUUUUCAUUACAGAGGAACCUUGUUAGCCCAAAGACAACAUCAGUACUUGCGACCUCAGGAAAAUUAUGCUAUUUCGUCAGUCAUGAACAACUAUGAGAGCCUCAUGCCAACUUACAGUGUUAGAACAUCUGGACCUAAUUUUUGGAAUUCUUUCAACACAGCACCUGCUUCUCUGAUCGCGAAGAAUUCAAAUCACUACUGUCCUACAAUGAAGACAAUAUAUGGAAAUUCUCCCUCUUCGAGUAGCUUUUAUCGUUUCAAUGAGUCAAGAGGCACAGAAACAGUAUCGAAACAAGAGGUUGCCAACGCAGAUGGAGCGACUACUAGUUCUCAUUGCAGAGUUGGACAGCAUAAUCUAGGAAGCAGUAACAAUAUGCAGGGUUUAGGAAAGAUAUCCAAGGUAACAGAUUUCACUCCACAAAAGGAAAAAACAAGAAGUGCGCCUUUAAGAAAGUCAGCCAGGGGAAUGAGGUGCAGUUCGAUGAAGGAUAAAAGUGAAAGUGGUUGCGCUCCUUCCAAGAAGCAAAGAAAUUGCAAGGCACCAGUUCUUACUAGUUCCCGUAAAAGUUCUCCAGAGAAUACAGGUGAGUUUGAUGCUGAUCAUGAAGAUCUUUUGGCAGCUGCGAAUUCGGUUAAUAGUGCCCGUGCACGUGCCUGCUCUAAUCCAUUUUGGAAAAAAAUGGAGAGCCUUUUUGCUCCGGUUGCAGCUCAUUACUUACCAUUGCUCAAACGCAAAGGAGUGGCAACAGAAGGUUCUGUGAUGAGAAAAAUUGGUAAGGCGGAUCGAGGUUUGGUUGUAUCUACUGAUGAUGGAGGCAGAAAAGCUAUUAAGACAUUAGAUGUGGCUCCUUCACUAUUCCAAAGACUUCUCUCUGCGAUCAUUGAUGAAGAAGAAAGCGAAGAGUCAUAUGAUUUGAAUGAAGGACCUAGCAACAUCGUUGAAUGCAUUCAUGAUGACUUCCACGAGGCCAGAAUGAAAUCUGACGUUCAAUCAGAGGCAACAUUGGAAUCUGGGAAGUGUUUUCUUCGGGAUGGAUUAUCUGGUAGUGCCUGUGCUUCAGCAAUUAUGACUAGCCAAAAAGUUGCGUCAAAUACUUUUUGCAAUGAUGACCUAAGCCAAGCAGAUGGCACAUUGUGUGGUAGUGGUCUUGUGCCAUCAAAUUCAGCUAGCAAAACUGGUGGAUCCAGUAAGUUGCACAAUGAUGAACUGCGUCAAGCAGAUGAUGGCGCGUCAUUAACAGAUGCAGAAGUUUUGUUUGGAAAUGAUCUGGAUGAUCAAAAUGCGAUACACUCUCCAGAAGUUGAUCGAUGCCAUUGUGAGUACCAAGAGUUAUCAUUAAAUGAAAAGUUAUCCCUGGAGCUACAGAGCAUUGGUCUAAGUUGUGGAGACAUGCCUCAUGGGUGCAACAGAGAAGUAGGUAUUAAUGUAGAGAUCAAAGGACUUCAGAGAAAGCUUCAUCAACAGGCCUCCAAUAUCAAUAAUAGCUUGAAAAGAGUUGAUGCAGCUCUUCAAUGUGAGCAAGAGUUGGAGAGAAGAGCUGUUGAAGAAUCUGCUAUGGAUCAACUGGUGCAAAUGGCUUACAAGAAAAUAAAGGUCAGACGCCCGCACAAGGCCUCAAAGCAAGUGGCGUUAGCCUUUGCCAAUCGUACUUUGCUUAGAUGUAAAGAGUUUGAAGAAUCAGGCCGGAGUUGCUUCAGUGACCCUUUCCUACAGGACAUCAUUUUAAAAAGACCUCCAAUAAAGGUAGAUGUAAAGCCUGCAGAUGGUGUGAAGAGAAAAAGAGAAGCUCAAAAGAACGCAAAGCACAAAGAUUUAGCAUUAGGUCCUGUAUCUGGUGUGAUUCAAAAACGUGCUAGUCGGAGUGAUAAACUGCGAAAUUCUUCUAGAAUUCAGUCACCUAACCAAUGUUCAGGUUUUGUGGCCAAUAAGGAAAAGGAGCAACUUCGUAAUCAGAUUAGCUGUCCUGAUUUGAAGGCAAAAGAGGCCAUACCUGUCACCCAACCUGGUCAAGUGGGCAUAGGCGUUUCUAACGCAGAGCAACCUUCGUCUCACCAAUCUGUUCCGUCUGCAAGCUAUGAUCCCAUGGUAGAGAAAGGAAAGAUGAAAUUCCUUCACGAAAUUCUUGGCCCUGCUUCAAAAGUAAAUCUUACCAGCCAACUUGGCAGAAUUCAUGGUGUGACAAUCACGAAAAAUAGGGAUAAGCGUGAAGUGGCUCCACCUUCCACAUCCGGGAAUGUAGAUAAACCAAAAGCAAGUUCCAAGCCGCGGAGAACAUUAUCAAGAAUCGGAAUGCUGGAGCUUGCCAAGCCUAGCCAAUCGUCAACUGUCAAGCCAGGGCAACGGUCUGCGCUCUUUCAGUGAUCUAGUCUAGGCUUUUCCGCGGUGCGACAAUCCUAUUUGUUGAACUAUUUCAGCGUAACAAAAGCGAAUAUUAUUUGGGAAGGAUGGAGUAGAACAUUUGAACUGAUCUCUGAUUGGCAUUUCUUCAAGUUUGGUUAGUUUAUUUGUUAUUUGGUUUAUCAUUUGCAUUGAUUUUGCUACUAAAGUCGGUUCCAGCUUGGCCAGAGGAAUUAUGGGCCAACUAUAAUUAGCAAAUCCGAGAGAAUUUGUGCAAGUUGCAUUGGAUACAGAAGUCUUGUGUUGCAUAACAACUUGAACAAAUCUUUUUCAAAACAAAUGGAUAACAGUUUGCUUUUCCAGUGUAUAAUAAUUUAACGACUUGUAGCCCAACCCAAUUUCUGAAACUGGGCUUCACUUAUGUUUUAUGCCUCUUGGAAUAGUUUCAUAGGGCAUGAUUUUGUUGGUGCAAAUAGGAAAAAUAUCUCUUUCUUCGACCUUGUUACUUAAAAUGCUUUUUAUUGUUUCUUUCACAAUAGUUAGAAUACUCAUUUUGGAAUAAAAAAUUAUUUCAUAUUAAAAAGUAACAAUUGAUUGAUUAAAAAGUAUAAUUUGCAUUUUGUCUCUCUCAACAUUCAUUUUAGGACAGAAAGAAUGAUAUUUUUAUAUUCUUCUUCACUAAAUUGUACGUGAAAGCAUUUACUUCAUAAAGGAUUUACUAAUAUUAUAUUUACAAAAUUAUUAGCACUAUUCACUCCCUUUUUAUCAAUCGCAAUUGGAAAUUUCCUGUCUUAGUAAUAUAUAAUAUUUUCUUUAGUCUUAGUAUUCCAUAUCUUUUAGUAAUCAAGGCAUACAAUAAAUUUUUGGAGUCUGUAUCCAGUAUACCCGGGAGCAUGUACAUCCCUUUCUAUAUUUUACACUAUUAGUCUUUAUUGUAUUUUUUUUCUCAAUCUUCCUAUAAUUUGUAAGUUUAGUCCCUGCUACUUUUUUCUCUUUCUACCAGAAAAACAUCUCUAAUCUUUAAACGAG